AUGGAGGCGCGGCGCGGCGCCGGCCUGCUGGGCGCGCCCCCGGCCGCUGGGGGCCAGGCCGCGGCCAAGUCGCUGGCGUUCUCUAUCGACCGGAUCAUGGCCCAGACGCACGAGCCCAAGUCCGCGCCGCUGCCGGGCUGGCUCCGCUCGGCUCCGGUGGGCCUCGCCGACGUGUGCCCGUCCUCGCUGCACUGCAUGAUCCCGCUGGUGCCGCUCGGUUACGACCCGGCCCACCACCGGCUGGGGCUCGCCGGCCUGGACGCAGCUCACCUGCAGGACGCUCCGGCGGACUUGUUGGGGUUCGGGCUCAACUACUCCAACCAGAACCACAACCAGCAGCAGGACGAGCCCGCCCGGAACCUGCACACGGACGGUCAGUACAAACUCUUCCGGCCGCGCGUCGUGACCAAGUCGUCCUUCCCGGCCCGAAGCGCCGUGUGCUACCUGAACUGCGGCGGGGACGCCGGAUCGUGCUCGCCUGCCGCGGCCGCGGGGCUCCUCAACUUCAACCUGCACCCCAUGGCCUCCUACCUGCUAGGCGCCCGGCACCGGACCUUGCUGGACGAGCGCGCCAAGCCGGGCCCGCAGAACCCGGCGGAACGUUACAACCCGCAGCUGGGUCAGAACCACAUCCAGAACCUGAUCAAGGACCGCGACUUCGCCGACAAGAUUCUCAAGAACUCCUCGGCGGCUUCGGCGGCCCGACUCGAGGCUUCUUGUUCCGGAAACAAACCCAAAGUCUACACCUGUGAGGUGUGCGGGAAGGUUUUCAACGCGCACUACAACCUCACGCGCCACAUGCCCGUGCACACGGGCGCGCGCCCGUUCGUGUGCAAAAUUUGCGGCAAAGGUUUCCGCCAAGCCAGCACUUUGUGCAGACACAAAAUCAUCCACACUCAGGAGAAACCACACAAGUGCACGCAGUGCGGCAAAGCCUUCAAUCGCAGCUCCACGCUCAACACGCACACGCGCAUCCACGCGGGCUACAAACCCUUCGUCUGCGAGUUCUGCGGCAAAGGAUUCCACCAGAAAGGGAACUACAAGAACCACAAGCUGACGCACAGCGGCGAGAAGCAGUUCAAGUGCUCCGUGUGCAGCAAGGCCUUCCACCAGGUGUACAACCUCACCUUCCACAUGCACACGCACAACGACAAGAAGCCCUUCACCUGUCCUACCUGUGGCAAGGGCUUCUGCAGGAACUUUGACCUCAAGAAGCACGUCAGGAAGCUGCACGACUCCGCCGGCGGGCAGCCGUCGCCGUCGCCGCCGCGGGCCUGAGCCACGCCCCCUUUUCCACCAAGUAGUAUUUAUUGUUGCCCAUCCUCCUCAGAGACCACACACACACAUCGCUGCUGCCCCCUGUGGAGACGAGUAGUAUUACAUGAUUAUUACUAAUAUUCACUGCUGCCCCCUGUGGAGAGAAGUAGUAUUACACAACUUUUAUGAAUAUUCACUGCUGCCCCCUGUGGAGACCAGUAGGAUUACAUGAUUAUUACUAAUACUCACUGCUGCCCCCUGUGGAGACAAUUAGUAUUACACAACUUUUAUGAAUAUACACUGCUGCCCCCUGUGGAGACAAGUAGUAUUACAUGAUUAUUACUAAUAUUCACUGCUGCCCCCUGUGGAGACAAGUAGUAGUACAUGAUUAUUAGUAAUACUCACUGCUGCCCCCUGUGGAGAUAAGUAAUAUUUCACGAUUAUUAUGAAUAUUCACUGAUGCCACCUGUGGAGACAAG